AUGCUUUCCCUCCCUUCAUCUGUUGCUGUCCCGCCAGGCACCCUUCCCGUGUUGGACGUGAGCAAGCCUCCAGCUCAACCCCCCGCAAUUUCCCCGCACUCUUCCCAUCCAUCGCGUCUCGCCUUGAUUGGCUCGACAUGGUGGUGUGCACAUCAAGUGACUUUGCUGGAGAGCCCUGUGCUUCCGCCGAUGCCUCAUAAGCAUGCCCGCCCUCCCUUCCACUCCCUUCCUUCUUCAUACUCUCUCCUCCGUCUCAGCACCUUGCUUUGCGCUCUGUCUUGCCCUCAGCUUCACACGCCAACAACUCGGCUCCUACAGCUCUCAAACUACUCACCUCCCUCAUCAGCUCCAAGCUUAUUGUCCCCCCUUUGCUGUUUCACUACCAUGGCAGCUGCAACUGAAGAAACUCUCCACAAGGUCGACUCACUCGUUGAGGAGAACAAGGAUGGAGCUGCUAAGAAGGGCCAUCGCAGAGCCAGUUCCAUGGCUGCUGAUGUCUACCGGAUCGAAGACCUAGAGAAGGAGGACAAGGACAUCGAGAUCUCUAUUGAGACACAGAAGCUCGGAUGGAAGCUUAACAAGUCACCCACAACGGUUGAGGACCCAGCUGUACUCAAACUGCCACUUACCAACCCCAAGCUCAAAUCCAUCACCUUGCAUUUUCCACUCGGACUUGAGGUCACUGCAAGGAACCUCAAGGGUGUCACCAUCAAGGAUGCGCUAGAUGCCAUUCAUAAGCAAUUCAAGAAGCGCCAAGACGACGAGUUUGAGAAGCCAUACCUAGCUGGCUUCGAGUGGGAUCGAGAAGAGUGCUACACGCGCUUCAUUGUCCACCAGUCGAGCCAGCCAACAUCAAGCAUGUCUGGUGGCUCGGGUGGCGGCAAGAAGAAGAAGAACAAGAAGGUGGAAGAGGAGGCUGGCUAG